AUGGCUCGUAACAAAUCAGCAGCACACAAUCAAUGGCUGCUAUUUCUGUUAGCAAUAGUAUCAUCAUCAUGUGUUAUCUCAUCUUCUAGUGCUGCUACUGAUGAAGGUGCCACACUCAUGAACUUCAAGAAUUCUCUAUCCGAUACCGCGGGGUUAGAUAACUGGAAUGUUACCUCUAGAAAUCCCUGCAACAAUUCCCAGCCCCUUUGGGCGGGUGUGCUUUGCAACAGCGGAAGCGUAUACGGGCUGCAGCUGCAGAGCAUGGGACUAACUGGCCUGAUUGACAUCGACACGCUCUCGGAGUUGCCGGCGCUCAAGACCAUAAACUUGAUGAACAACGGCUUUGAAGGUCCACUACCCAAUGUGAAGAGACUGUCACUCAUUAGUGUCUACUUGUCCCAGAACCGAUUCUCUGGUGAUAUCCCUGAUGAUGCUUUCAGUGGCAUGAGUGGUACCUUGAAGAAGGUUUACUUGGCCAAUAAUGGAUUUACGGGGAAGAUACCAAGUUCUUUGGUUGCUUUGCCUAAGCUCGUGGAGUUGGAUCUUGGGGAUAACCAAUUUACAGGGGAGAUUCCAGAUUUCCAACCAAGGAACUGGAAUACGAUGAAUCUAGCAAACAACAGACUGGAGGGUCAGAUCCCGGCAUCACUAAGCAAUUUAAAUCCGGCCGAUUUUGAGGGAAACAAAGGUUUGUGCGGACCGCCUCUUGGCAAAUGCAAGUCCAAAUUGAAGAGACUCCUCCUAAUCAUAGCCAUCGUAGUCAUCUCAGUGGCCGUACUAUUGUUGGCGCUCUGUGCUCGUGAAGCCCGGCAAGCCCGAUCGGCGCAAGAAAAGGUCGAAAUGAAACCAGUAGGUCGUAAAACCCGGGGAGUAUUGGAGGCGCAACUACCCGACCCGGUGGCAGACGAUGAGUACAAGAAGGCAGAGAAAGCAGGGGAGUUGCAUUUUCUGCGGAAGGACAGAGAGAAGUUUGAGGUACAAGAGCUACUUAGGGCACCAGCUGAGGUACUUGGGAGUGGGAGCUUUGGUUCGUCUUACAAGGCUGGUCUUUUGAGUGGGUCUAUGGUUGUGAAGAGGUUUAGGGAUAUGAAUAGAGUUGGCAAAGAUGACUUCUAUGAUCACAUGAGUAGACUUGGAAGGUUGUCACACCCUAAUCUGCUACCACUCGUUGCCUUCUAUUACAUGAAAGAAGAGAAACUCUUGGUUCAUGACUUUGUUCUAAACGGAAGCUUGGCUAGUCAUCUCCAUGCUAAGCGAGCACCGGGGCAACCAGGGCUCGAUUGGCCGACGCGCCUGAUGAUCAUCAAAGGAGUAGCGAGAGGCCUAGGCUACCUCUACAAAGAGUUCCCGGGGAUGCCAGUCCCCCACGGCCACCUCAAGUCCUCCAACGUCCUCCUCGACCACAACCUCAACCCGGUCCUAGCCGAAUACGCCCUAAUCCCCGUCAUCAACAAAGAACACGCACACAAGCUCAUGGUCGCCUACAAGUCCCCCGAGUUCUCACAAACUGGCCGCACCUCCAAGAAGACCGACGUCUGGAGCCUCGGCAUCCUCAUCUUCGAAAUGCUGACCGGAAAGUUCCCCGCGAACUACCUCCAACAGGGGAAGCGUGCCAACGCCGACCUCGCCAGCUGGGUGAACUCGGUGGUGAGGGAGGAGUGGACGGGUGAGGUUUUCGAUAAGGAAAUGAAGGGGACGAAGAAUGGAGAAGGUGAGAUGCUGAAGCUGUUGAAGAUAGGGAUGUGCUGCUGUGAGAAUAGCGUUGAAGGGAGGUGGGAUUGGAGAGAGGCGGUGGAUAAGAUCGAGGAGUUGCAGGAGAGGGACAGUGAGGAAGAAGACUACUCGUCGUACGCGAGUGAUGGGGAUGUGUACUCGUCUAGGGCUGUGACUGAUGAUGACUUCUCCUUCUCCAUUGCAGCUUGA